GCCCGUCUGCACACAGCUGGCGCUACGAUCAUCACUUCUCAGCUGAUCUGAGGCAGGUUUCACAGUGUCAACAACUUUUAUUCUUAUGUUUACGUUGCCGUCAAGUUCUAUGGUUUGAAGACUCAAAAAUAACAUUUCCUGAGCUGAACUCUGAUCAGCUGAAAUCACCCACCUGUGGACUGAACAGCGCAGAGAAAUGAAGGAGCACAUGAUGAAAAUUGUAUUUGUCGGUGAUGUUGUUGGAAAGACAGCUUUUAUCCAUCGAUACAUCAGCGGGCAGUUCAACAAGACAUCCUACGCGACAGUGGGAGUGGAUUUCAGGGAGAAGACGCUACAGUGCUCAGAAAAAGAGACAGUCAAACUGCAAAUAUGGGACAUAUCAGGCCAGGAGCGUUUCAGGUCCAGUAACAGUAUCUACUACCGAGGGGCUCUGGGCUGUGUUGUGAUGUUUGACGUCACCAACUCGUCCAGCUUUCACAGUUGUCAAGUGUGGAAACGGGACCUGGACAAGGUUAUGCUCCCCAGCGGAGCUCCCAUCCCCUGCAUCCUGCUGGCCAACAAGUGUGACCUUCCUGAGCGGGUGGUGACAGCAGACAGCAUCGCCGAGUUCAGCAAGAACAACGGCUUCUUCACCUGGAUGGAGACCUCAGUCAGAGACAACAGGAACGUUGAUGAAGCCAUGAGGAGGUUGGUGCAGGAGAUCCUGUUGGUCCAGUCCAGUGUGGACCAGCCGCUGUCCAGCCAGGAAGACAGCGUCGAUCUUCAGUCUCAGGAUGCCAGAAGGCGAAAAACCUGCUUCUGAUGACUUCCUACCAUGACUCCACUUCAGUCAUUACAACAGCUGUCCUCCUCAUCAGUCUGUCUGUCUCCCUGUCUGUUAGUCCUCGUCUCGUUUCUGGCGCUCCUGUCUGUCUCCCCCUCCUUCUCCUGUGUUCUCCUUGUUUAACACUAGGACUACCAGGUUUUUCUUGCCUACCUAUUCAUUCUAGAGAGGGGCCAGUUGGCCCCUGAUUUUAAAUGCACAACUCAACAGCCACCGUUAGCACUUCUUUUCAUUUGUAAAUGCAGCCGAUACCUUCCAGCUUGUUGGUUCACCCUUCUCUCCUCUCAUGCGAUGUUGGUUCAUCUUUCUUUGUGUGUUUGCUGCCGUCAGCAAAAUCCUGUUUUUGGACUCUUACCCAAUAAGCCCUUCCGAACUCCAACCUUUAGUCUGUCUGCAUUUGAGCUGACCAUGGUCAUGACGGCAUGAACAGACUGCAUUAUGGAUCCUGCACCAGCUCCUAACCAUCUCCACAGCCAGUCACUUUGUGGGACAGCUGAGCAGACCAGGUCUUCAGUGUCCUGGCUCUGUGGGUCUCCAGCUCUGGUGCCCCGGGCUUAAAGGUCUUCAGUCAAAGACCUCAACGUCUCUGGUCUCUGGCUAAAUCUGCUCUGGGUCUUAAGGUCUUCGUUCGCCAGUCUCCGGCUCAGCUGAUCCUCGGCCUCCAGGUCUCCGGUCUAUGGCACAGCCAGAUCCUGUUCCCCAGUUUCUCUGGCACUGCUGGCUCUGGGUCCCCAGCAUGUAACCCAUUCCCACUGUUCUAGGUAAGGGCCUCCUAGAUCCUUUUGUGUAUCAUUGUCGAGUAAUGAAAGGCGACCUCUUCACUUAUCCUCCCAAGUCAAGUCAGUCAAAACGCACAUUGUUCUACAUAGCAAAAGCACCAAACCAUAAGCUCAAUGGAAAAUUAUGAUUUACUGAAACAAUAGAGUACUUAUCAACUGAAACCCAUCUGUUCUAGAGGUUUUUAAAGCAAUACGUCAACAUUUUGGCAAAUUGGCCCAUUUAGCACAAUUCCUUAGUCAUUUCAAACAGCAUACUUACUUUUUUGUGAGGGCGGGCUGUUGUUUAUUCAGAGGCGAGU